UAAAAAAAAAAAUCAGACCGUUGCUCUGUUCAUCUUCAGACAUGAACUAAUAUAAAAACAUCACCUUGGAAGUAACAAAUACAUAUGUUCUUCUUCUUCUUAUUAUUAUCCAGAGAGAACUCUCACAAAGUCAAAUCAACAAUGCCUGCGAUGAACUCAAACGUAUCGAUCUACGAGAAAUGCAGAGAAGAGAGGAUCAAGGAGAAUCUCCAGAGGAUGCAGAAUCUCGGCAUCAUGGAUCUCUCCCUCAAGCUCAAAUCCGGGACCCGACCCGCUAAGAGGCGCUACACUAAAGCUGCCGAUUCGAAUCCGGAUCUUAGAUCUACUCCUCCUCUUCAGCUCUCCGUCUCCACCAGACGAUCCUCAAGGUUGAAGAACGCGUCGCCAGUUACCUACUUCGAGGAAGCGGAGGAGAAGAAGGGUAAAGCGUCUAAAGAAGUGGUUUUGUGGUUACCAGAAGGAGGCGAGAGGCCUGAGGUUUACACUGAUGAGCAUGAGAAGCUGCUUGGUAACACAGAGCGGGUCUGGGAGCUUUUUGUUGAUGGUUACGCUCCAGAUGGGAAGCGGAUCUAUGAUCCUGUUAAAGGAAAGACUUGCCACCAGUGCAGGCAGAAGACGCUUGGUCAUCGUACACAGUGCAGCCAGUGUCAUCCAUCUGUUACAGGUCAAUUCUGUGGAGAUUGUUUGUACAUGAGGUAUGGAGAACAUGUGCUUGAGGCACUGGAGAAUCCGGACUGGAUUUGUCCUGUCUGUCGCGGGAUCUGCAACUGCAGUCUCUGUCGUAAACGCAAAGGGUGGUUGCCUACUGGUAAUGCUUACAAGAAGGUAUGUAAGCUAGGGUACAAGUCUGUUGCACAUUACCUGAUUUUGACCAAGAAGCAGUCAGAGACAAAUGAGGAUGAUGAAACUGAAGACACUCCUUCCCAAGCUUCUGCAAAGAGAUCGCUAUCUUUCAAAGAAGCAAAGGCGUCUUCAGAAGGAGAAGAUGAUCUCAUUCUCCAGAUCACCUAUGGGCUUGAGGCUCAGGAGAAUCACAUUGACGAUGGUGAUGAAGGGGCAAACAAGAAUCAGGGUUCGGCUAGGAAGUCAUUGAGUUUCUUGUCUGGUGGGGACAAUCAAACUUCAGUGGUUGAUGAUGGUGAUGAUAUCAAGCCAUUAGAUGUGAAUGAGAUGGAUCAUCCAGCAACUCCUGUUGAGACUUCUUCCGGAGAGAGAGAGGACGGAGAAACAAAAGGAGGCAAGAGGAAGAAGAUGUCUGUUGAGCCAAACCCAAAUAGUAUUGGUGGAAGACUCAGGCAGCGUCGUAAGAGUCAAGUUUGAAUGAGAUAAAAGUUCAUAUUGAUAUGAAUGAGAAACUCUCUCAGCUCUCAGUGUUUAAGUUCUUAAUGUGCUUUUGCUUCAUACAUUUUUAGGCAUAUCUAAAUGUAAUACAGUAUCUUUUCCGUUUCCCGAUGGAGUAACCAUGGAUUAUGUAAUCUCUUUUCGAUCU